UGCUUUCUUUUUGUCCUCAACGCCACUCGUGUCGUGGUCCACAGUGCCAGCUGAGGUCGGAUUGAUCGAGCAGAGCGGAAACGGCCAUGGUGCAUGAGUCCAAGGCCAUCGACUUGGCCAUGGAGGCGGCCUCCGGGGCCCACUUCUCCGGCCUCCGACUGGACGGCCUCCUCUCCUCGCCCUCCUCCUCUCCCCGCGCCGCCGCCGCCGCCGGCCCCUGGCCAGAUCCCAGCACUCCCGGGCGGAGGGAGCCGUUUCUCAUCGGUGUUUCUGGAGGUACUGCUUCUGGCAAGACCACAGUUUGUGACAUGAUUAUACAGCAACUUCAUGAUCACCGCGUCGUGCUUGUUAACCAGGAUUCUUUUUACCGUGGUUUGACCCCUGAAGAGUCGGAGCGGGUUCAUGAGUAUAACUUUGAUCAUCCUGAUGCUUUUGACACUGAUCAGCUUCUAGACUGCAUUCAAACGCUCAAAUCGGGUCAAUCUUAUCAGGUUCCGAUAUAUGAUUUUAAGACUCAUCGUCGCUGCUCUGAUAGCUUUCGUCAGGUGAAUGCAUCGGACGUUAUUAUUUUGGAGGGAAUCCUGGUUUUCCAUGAUCAAAGAGUCCGGAAUUUGAUGAACAUGAAAAUAUUUGUUGACACAGAUGCUGAUGUGAGGCUGGCUCGAAGAAUAAGACGUGACACGGUUGAGAGGGGUAGAGAUAUAGAUUCUGUCCUUGAACAGUACGCAAAGUUUGUCAAGCCUGCUUUUGAUGAUUUUGUUCAUCCUUCAAAGAAGUAUGCUGAUGUAAUCAUACCCAGGGGAGGCGACAAUCAUGUUGCAAUUGAUUUGAUCGUGCAACAUAUUCAUACAAAGCUUGGUCAGCAUGACCUAUGCAAAAUAUAUUCGAAUGUAUACGUUAUUCAGUCGACAUUUCAGAUAAGAGGCAUGCACACACUGAUUCGAGAUCGCGACAUAUCAAAGCAUGAUUUUGUCUUCUAUUCUGAUCGACUUAUUCGGCUGGUGGUAGAGCAUGGGCUUGGUCAUUUGCCAUUUACUGAGAAACAAGUGGUUACUCCAACAGGAUCAUUAUAUACUGGAGUUGAUUUUUGCAAGAAAUUAUGUGGAGUUUCUAUUGUUCGAAGUGGAGAGAGCAUGGAAAAUGCAUUACGUGCUUGCUGCAAAGGGAUAAAAAUUGGAAAAAUUCUGAUUCACCGAGAUGGAGACAAUGGGAAACAGCUUAUAUAUGAGAAACUUCCCAAAGAUAUAUCUGAACGUCAUGUUUUGCUCCUAGAUCCGGUUCUAGCUACAGGUAAUUCUGCUAAUCAAGCGAUCCAGCUACUCAUCCAGGAAGGCGUUCCAGAGUCCCACAUAAUAUUCCUGAAUCUCAUCUCUGCUCCUGAAGGAAUCCAUUGCGUCUCCAAAAGAUUCCCCUCCUUGAAAAUUGUGACUUCCGAGAUUGAUGUUGCGCUGAAUGAAGAGUUUCGUGUUAUUCCGGGUAUGGGUGAGUUCGGUGAUCGUUACUUUGGUACUGACGAUUGAUCCUUGAAGAGCAGACCAUCGUUUAACCUGCUAUUAAUUGGGCUAAAUGCCCUUAAUUACGGUCUGAUACAUACAGAGAUAGAGGAGGUUCUCCUCAUUUAGUCCCAAUUACGAUCAAACUGUCCUGAAACUAAGUUUGUAAAUAAAUGCAGUUAUCGACUUGCAUCAGAAAGUUUGCUGAUGCACUUUCUAUGAGAAUCUCCUUGAGGGGAUCUUUCUCCACCGGCUUUUA